UGCAGCUACGAGAAAGGGGCAAGCUGAUUCUGCACCAGAAUCAGAUUGUGCAAGUCAAUUGUUAGAAGCAACUUGAACUCCAUCGUCGACCUCCCAAUUACUCAGCUGACCGGGUAGUGCUUCAGUUGCAAAGCUCCAGUUGAUCGUCAAGCAUUGACGCAAGUUGAUCUACGAUCGCUAGUGGCAGCUCGCUACUGCGGCACCUCAUGGCCAUUGAUAGCUCCCCUCGAGAAAGCAAGCCAUGACUCGUUCCUUCUCAAACCUCACUUGUCAUUUCGACAUCUCAUCCGCAACCAAGGUCAUCAGUAACCGACUACGACUUGGACGAGCAUGAAGAUUUCUGCGUCAGCUUUCAUUGGGCUUAGUGCAGUUCUUCAUCAUCUGCACUUCUCUGCAGUUGCUGGUCAAGCCAUCGACAAGAACGGCAGCUCCAGCUUCAGCAAUGAUUCACCCGUUGUGGCACCCACGUUUGCGCCUGUGGUGAACAACACCGAACCGGACGCAGGAGAUGUCGGCUUCACCAACUCCUCGGCAUCAAAUCCUGACGUUGGCGAUGAGAAUCCGUCCGGAUUUCAUGCCUCGGAACCUCCCAGCUACCUCGUCGAGCAUACCGACGCCAUGAUGGGAUUGUGUCCACCUCGCUUUCUCGACUCGUCCGUGAUCAAGAACCGCGCCAUCCCCACCAACAAUUGGUGGGGCAACAUCAUUGCGCACGACUCCAACGCUGCCAUCCAACCCAUUUGGUCCAAUCCGUACUCGUUGCAGAUGGUCGUUGACAAGGCUCCGUUCGGCAUGUCCGUCAGCUACCCGUAUCGCAGCCGCUUCAGCGGUGGCAGCUCUGGCAACAACGGAGCCGUCAAGUUCUACGCUCACGGUAUGGUUCGCGAGUUCGUGUUUUCGGCCGAGGAGAUCGUGUGGCAGAAGCCCAACUUCCAAGUCGUGGACUGGGCCGACCAGGGAGUGACCGUCAAGUUCACUGCCGGAUCGUCCAGUGGCACUAUGGUGUCGGACUUGGUGUCUGGCAUGGUGUACUCUUCGAUGAAGUACUCGGGUCUCACCCCUCGACUGGUGUCAAGUGCUGCAAUCUCCACUAUCAACGGUCAGCCAAUGGGUGGUCAAGUCCGCGGUUCUAAGUUCGAGAUCGUCUACAACUCCGGCCAGAAGUGGGUUGUCUACGCGCUGUCGAGUGAUGGUCGCAGUGAAAAGGAGAUCACUCUCACGGCUGACGGUAAUUCUGCUCUCAAGAGCACGGGCGUCUUUGACGGUAUUCUUCGUGUUGCUAUGGUACUUGAAAGUUCCUGGUUGACUACGCUGGAUGAACACAAGUCCUGCAUCGUUCAAGCCGCAAACAUCGACCUUCAUGAUGACAGCUCCUACGCGUUCAAGUGGAAGACGACGGGUGAUUGCUCUUGUGGUUUGCUGCACUACGCUAUGAAGCACCACACUGAAACCAUUGACAAGAGCAGCGGAGUCCGCCAGAUGGACGGCAUGGUGGCCUACUCAACGACUCGUGGAGCGUAUCAGGCUUUCACGACACCUGGAGGCUCAGCCGACCCCGUGUGGGAGAUCAAGGAAGCUCAACAAGUGCCCGAAGACUUCUACCCGUCCCGUAAGAUCGCGUCCACUAUGGCCCAGCAACAGCGUAUCCUCGACCACCUCCGCGAAGACAUCAAUGCCGGGUGGUCCAUUCCUCUCGAUGGUAGCUACUACUUCAACGGCAAGGCUGCGCAGAAGUACGCGUCACUCUGUCUGAUCGCGAACGACCCAGCCAUCGUAGGAGGCGACAAAAGUCUCCUGAACUCGUGUCUGAAUAAGCUUCGAGGUGUGAUGGCUCCGUUCGUGGCUAAUUCCUGGACCAACAAGCUCCAGUACGACAAAAUUUACGGCGGCAUCGUCAGCUCGCAGGGAUUCAAGACCAAAGACCUCAACGCUGACUUCGGCAACACCAUGUACAACGAUCACCACUUUCACUACGGCUACUGGAUCCACACGGCGGCCAUCAUCAACCGUCUGGACCCGAGCUGGAGUGACCUCCCCAAACUCAACACUUUGGUCAACCUAUUGGUACGCGACGUCGCCAACUUCGACCCGGACGACAAAUUCUUCGCGCGAUUCCGUUCUUUUGACUGGUACCGUGGACACUCGUACUCACACGGUGUCACCCCGUUCGCAGACGGUAAGGACCAAGAGAGCACGUCCGAGGACGUCAACUUCGCCUUCGGUAUGUACAUGUACGGUAAAGCCACCAACAACGCCGCUAUGGAGGCCGUCGGUAAGCUCAUGACUCGCGUCAACGCACACGCCAUCAAGACGUACUUCCUCAUCGAAGACGCCAACCAGAUCCACCCUGCCAACUUCCGUCCCAACAAGGUCACGGGCAUCUUCUUCGACAACAAGGUGGACUACGCCACGUGGUUCAGCGCCGAGAAGUACUGCAUCCACGGUAUCCAGAUGAUCCCCGUGUCGGCUGUGACCGAGUUCGUGCGCACCAAACAAUUCGUCAAGGAGGAGUGGGAGCAAGUACUGGGCAAGGAGGCCAUCGUCACGCGUGAAGAUACAGGCAACGCGUGGCUGUCGCUGCUGUACGCCAACUUCGCCAUGGUGGAUAAACAGCGGGCGCUGGGUGUGUUGCAGAAGGCCAAGAUGGACGACGGUCUGUCUCGUUCGUGGGCGCUGUACAUGUCCUCCAGCUUUGCUGAGUGAGUUGGUGAACAUGAAGGCACUUUGGUCCAUCGGUAAUACCAAGGUACCGUGUCAUCGCUUUGACAGUUGAGAUUGCCAUUUUCUUUGCAUUCAGUUCUGCUAGCUCAUAGAUCACAUCCUUCCAACUUCUAACCGCAAUACAUUUCAUUUGACUUCCAUCCA